GUAAAGAUUUAAAGACUAACAUUGUCAUUUGGCAAACUUGGCGCUCUCAAUCUUCAAAUUGAAUCAAAUUUAGCAAAUUUACCACAUCAAUAUGGCGGAUAAAUGGGAAAGUACUCAAAGUGAAGAAAGAAGUGUAACUAGAUUUCAAUAUAGAAUUAAAGAUGAGCCAAUGGACACUGAUUUACCCGAAGAGGACGAAGUUCCGCCAGCAUUCGGCCCUGCAGCCUUGGGUCUCCACAGAGUUGGUACCAAAUUACCGCCAAAACCUGCUCCAAGUGAACCUGUGCAAAAACUCAAUGCUAGAGGAAUGCCCGCUCGGAUUAGGAAGAAAAACAGGUUUAUAUUUGUUGACGAUUUUAUUAAUACAUCACCACCAAGACAAUCGCCAAAACGAACUCCUAAAAUAUUGGCCUUGAAGACUCCUGUUAAACAGUAUAGUGCGAAAAAACAAAAAUCACCAACCAAAACGCCGAGGAGUAAUGAAAGGACUGAAGAUAAGAGUGAAAAUCAAUCGCCAGAUCGUAAGAGUGGUCAGCGCAUUGGUAUGAGGCUAAGAAAUCUAUUAAAGCUGCCGAAAGCUCACAAAUGGGUCUGCUAUGAAUAUUUUUACAGCAACAUUGACAAAGCCUUGUUUGAUGGUGAAAAUGAUUUCAUGAUUUGCCUCAAAGAAUCAUUUCCUCAGUUGACAAAUAAAAAGUUAUCCCAAGUUCAAUGGGCUAAAAUAAGGAGAAUGAUGGGUAAACCUCGACGAUGCUCUCAAGCAUUUUUCACUGAAGAACGGAAGGAGUUAGAAAGGAAAAGGAAAUUAAUAAGAUAUAUACAGCAGAGAAAAACUGCUGAUAUAUGUGUAAAAGAUUUACCAAAUGAAAUUCCAAUGCAGUUAGUUGUAGGAAGUAAAGUCACAGCAAGAUUACGUAAGCCUCAAGAUGGUUUAUUUACAGGCUGUAUUGAUGCUGUUGAUACUUCCAACAAUACAUAUAGGAUAACAUUUGAACGACCAAAACUUGGAACUCAUUCAGUUCCAGAUUAUGAAGUAUUGUCCAAUGAACCACCAGAUACAAUAUGUCUCUCUAGUAUUGUACAAAAAUUUAGGCCACGCUAUUUAAUGCAGGAAAUUUAUAAUCUUCACCAACCGUGUUUGUCAAAUAAGAAUAGUAGCCAAGGAGACCCUAUGAUUGGAUGCAGUGAUUUAUCAAAACAUCUUGACUCAAAUGUUGGUAGUUUUCCAUUCCCUCUUUUGGAGUUAAUAGUGAAGUUGACUAAGAUAUUACAAGCUAAGAAAAGUAAAAUAAGUAGAUUGAAAGAAUAUAAUGGUGAGGCAGAAAAAAGAAAAUCAUUUGGGCAAAAAAUGCCUGAAGAUUUCGAAAGGAAGUAUGCUGCUGUUGUUAUUGAUCUUGAAAGAAUGAAUAUGGACUUGCAGGAAUACAUCAAUGAAAUACAAUUAUAUUGCCAGCAAAUAGCUCCAGGUCCAAGUUUAGCAGCUAUGUUAGCACCUUCACAUCUCAGAGAGAAAUGUCGCGAUGAAGCAACUCUACUUGUAGAAAAAAAUAAUAAUGAAUCAGUCACAGAUGCUAAUAUUAUAAAUCUUAUAACAGAUCUCACUGCCUUAAUGUUACAAGUCAGGAGUCUUUCAGACUCUGAUCAGAAUGCCUAUGAAUUAAGUGUUUUGCAAGGUACUAUGGAACAAAUUAAAAUGAAAUUAGAGCCUCCUUAUCAAAGACUGUUCCAAAAUAAUGUGGAGCUUCACAUGCAACGAAUUCAAAUGGGCUUAGGUCAAUUCAAUUCUAAUAGUUGUGUGGCUGGCACAUAACUAAUAUAAUAUAUAAUGUGUAUAUAUAUAUUUAAUUAUUAUUUGUUACUGCUUAUUAAA